AUGGGAUUCUCCAGUGAAUGGCUGGAACAGUCCUACCUGAACUGGAGGCAUGCAGCCAGUGCCAGAUUAAUUCGGAUAGUUCUAUUCAUCACAUCUGGCUCUGCAUUCCUCCGAACAUUAGGUCAUAUACCAGGAUUUUAUGCUUUAUGGACAGCUGCAAUUCUUCUCAUUUCUACAGUAACUAUCAUAUUCAAUGUUCUUCGUCCACUUCGUAUCACUGCUUUCCAAAUUCUUGCCGGCAUCGUUCUUCUACUUGACGUCGUAUUUGCACUACCCGGUUAUGAAUCUUUAUUUCCUGCUCUUCUAGCAGUUUUCUCACUUUAUUCUUUCUUUUCACUUCCAUUCUACGUUAUUCUGGCUACUUCGACACUGAUUUCAAUUGUUCAAACAUGCUCAUUUCUACUGUUCGUCGAGCCAUUGCAUACAAACGAGCUUCUUGCCAUCAUCGUCGUUCAUAUCUGGACCAACUUCACUGGAAUUUAUUUAUGCUCAACUGCUGACCGUCUUGCUCGUAAUGCUUUCUUGUCAGCCAGAAACUCAUCGGAAGCCGAAUCAACAGCCGAGUUUCAAAGCAAUCGUUUGAACAAACUUCUCUCAUCAUUUCUACCAUUUCAUCUUAUCAAUCAAGCAAGACAUCAAAUUACACUCUACAAACCACAUUUGUACAACGAAACUUAUUCACAGGUAUCAGUUGCAUAUGGACGGCUGGUUGGAUUUGAGUCAGUUCUUGCUCAAUGUUCAUCAAUUGACGCAGCUCGAGUAUUGAAAGAACUUGACAACAGAAUCGAACGAUUAGCAGCAACGAAUGGAUGUACUCGUGUUUCAUCUGAAGGUAUCACUGCAGUCUGUUCCAUUCCUGGAAUCGAUUCUCAACAUGCUUCGAAACUUUGUCGAUUUGCAAUCGAAUUGGAGACACUCAUCAAUUCAUUUCGAGAUGCAACAGGUGCUGACGUUUCUGUUUGUAUUGGAAUUGAUAGUGGUCCUAUAACUGCUGGAGUCGUUGGAGUUUCCAAAUGGCAUUAUGAUAUAAUUGGAUCUGUUUUUGAUAAUGCUCUUCUCAUGCAGAGUAAUGCGACUGAACCAGGAGUGUACGUAUCAAAUGAAACUCGUCGAUUCCUCUCACCAACAGGAGACUUCGAGUUGGAAAAAUGCCCGAUUGGAUGGAAGCUCUACGGACAUUUACCAUCUCCUGAACUGUUUCCAAUUAAUAAAAGAUUCUCAUUGGUGACAGUACCCCAAGCCGUGAACCGAGUGCUCCAAAGCAUUGUCGCCAUGAAUCCAACACUGAAGACGAUGGGAACAAAUAAGAAGAGGAAAAAUGAAAAAAGUCAAGAAAAGUUUGAUAUGAAGAAAGAGAAAGUGGAACACUCUACAAUCAUAUCCUCAAUGAGUCAACGAUUUCGAAACCCAGGAUUGGAAACAGAAUAUCAUAAAGAAACGGAUAAUUGGUUCAUUCCAUCUCUGGCGAUUUCCAUUUUCUUUUUGGUUGUUUAUGGGAUAUAUCAUAUGCUUGUUAUGCCAAGACUCAUCACUAGUUUGGCAUUGAUUGUUGGUGCUUUGACUGUUAUGUUCUUCAUUCUUCUCAUGCUCUACAUAGAUUAUUUUCAUACAUUCUCCCAAUUCAUUACAAGAACUUCAGCUGGGCAUGCGGUCAGUAUCAUUCUGAUCAUUGUCAUUCUGUUUGUUUGUGGAAUUGUGAAUACGUUCUCAUGCCCUCAACCAAAUGCUCCAGAUGUGUGCCAAAAAGCCCAUUUCUCCACGUAUUCAUUCGCGAUGUGGACCAUUACCACAGCAGUUUUUGUUCGUUUUCCAUCAAUGUAUUUGGCUGUUCUACUUGUUAUCUCUCUACUCACAUAUGGUCUUCAAAUCUAUGUAACAAGACCAGCGGAAUUCGGACCAAGAGAAUUUAUGACUGAAUUGGAUCUGACUUGUUUCCUGAUCUCACUGGCUUCACUAGUUUUUGUUCAUUCGAGACGAUGUGAAAAGCUGCUUCGAUUAGAUUUCUUAGCAGUUGUAAAAGGAAUUGAAGAGACUUCAAUGAAAGAUAAAUUGAUCAAUCUGAACAACCAAAUGCUUCUGAAUCUUGUGCCAGCUCAUGUUGCCCCUGGAGUCAUUCAAAAAGCUGGAGAUGUCUGGCAUCACUCUCAUCAAUCUGUUGGAAUCGCGUAUAUCGCUGUGAGUGGAUUCGAUCUAGAAGGUGAAGCAGGAAUCAAUGGAUUGAAUUACGUGUUCUCACACUUUGAUCAAGCGAUUUCAAACUACAAAGGAGUCGAAAAAGUCAAAAGUGCUAAUCGUUUCUAUAUUGUUGCUGUUGGUCUCCUGCCGGAUGCAGCUCAAAAUGUGAAUGAAACUCCAUGGACAAUCGGAGAACUUCUGAGUACUCUUGCUCAUUUUAUCAUCAGUAUUUCACAGUUUUCAUUAGAAAACGAGUUCCACGUGCAGAUUGGUGUUGACUGCGGAAGUACACUUGCCGUCGUGACAAACACCGAUCAGCCACGUUAUGAAAUUUUCGGUGAAACAUUGGAUCGUUCGAGAACACUGAUGCAAGCAGCUGGACAUGACACAACUCUUGUCUCAGAAGAAGUCUUCUUGGCUCUUCGUCCACGUCCAUUAAGAUUCAGUUCACAACCAGUGAAAGUGGCAAUGAACUUGAAUGCUUAUGAAUUGGUUACUGGAUUUAGAGAUAUGUCAGUUGAAAUACCAACAAUGCCAAGAGAAGAACAAGAAAGACACACGCAAGGAAUGGUUGAAGCACAGUUUGCAUCUCAUUCCAGAAUGUAUGAUACACAGACUUCUGAGAUGGCAUCAUCGAUGGCAUCUUCAUUCUCCUCUGAAUUACGAUCAAUCGAUGGAGACGCUGAAACUGAUUCAGAUUUGGAAUGGAUUACUCCAGAGACUGCGUUGAUGAAAGAACCACAGAGAAAUCAUCGAUUUGUUAUGAAGAAUUCAGAUUAUGAUCCAUAUCGAGAACCAGUUCAUAGAAAUUUGAGAGCAAUGUCAGCGGAACAAGACUAUCGAAAUAGGAGAGUUCAAUCUGGGUCUGAUAUGUCCGAUGCUGAAUAUGGUCCUACUACUAGUAGAGCGAAUAGCAGAAGUAGCUGUCGUCGUGGUUGGCGUCCAUCAUCUAAAAACUCGCUUAGAAAUGGAUUUGGUCUUUUCCGAAAAGGAUAUUCGGAUAAUGAACAAUCCACAGAAGGAAUCAAUCAGAUAGAAGCAGCUGCGAAUCGAGUUGAUCGGAUGAUUCAAGAAUUGAACGCGUUCGGAGAUUUCGCUGAAGUAAAACCUCUGGAGUAUCAGCCGUUCCCAUCAAAUUUCGGAUCAGUUAAAUCAAUUCAUCGUGCAAUGUCAUCAGCAUGUCAUACAGAAUACGAUAACGCUGAAUCUGAUGCGGCUAUCUCGGAUGUUGAAUCGAAUGCAAACUCUGUUUCGCAUUCGAGAAAUUCGAAAUCGAAACAGAAAAGAAAAUGGAAGGAUGCAAGAAGAUGGCAUCGAGAUGCAGCUGAUGGAGAUACUGAAUCUCAAUGUAGUAGUAUGACUGGAAGUAUCGAUUUAGACCCGAUUCGAUGGAAAUCAACUCAUUCAAUUGGUUAUGAGAAUGAAUAUGAAAUGCAAAGUGAUGUUGAAGGAUUAGCUCUUGAAGAAAUGGCUGCACUCUCUCGAGACAUUCGAAACAACUUUGGUGAUUUCCAACUUGCAACAUUUGAUGAUAUUGAUCAGGACUGA